AUGGUCUUGUUGUUGUUGUAAUCAUAGCGGAACGCUGCAAAGCGGAACUACAUAACUGGUGUGUGUUUGUAGAGACGAAUCGGUUAGUGUUUCGAGCUGCAAGAGGACUUUGUGAUUUAAAAAGUAUUCAACCACGAAUACUAAAAUUGAAAUGUAUGACUUGCUGCUGUAGUAGUUGUGUGGUGCAUAAGCGUUUGAUUUUGUAUUCUUAUUUAGCUAACUUUAUAAGCAAAUCACAAACCGGACGUAGGUCCAUCCUAUCCAUUCCCCCCUGUACACGACCCACACUUGAUAGGUCCACAAUAGCAGAUCGAAAACUGGAUAUUCAGUGUCCGAAAUGAGCAGCGAAAUAAAGGCGGAGGAGACAGAAAUUAAAGGUGUGCACGAGACUGAAAUGGAAGUCAAAAAUAUGGAGGAGGAAACCGUGAAACAGGAAGAAGAAGAAGAAGAGGAGGAGGAGGAGGAUGAGGAGGCACUUCCACAUUCUGAAUUUUUGGAUAUUUUUCAGGAAGGCUUGGCUCUGAUUGUACAGGACCCUCUAUUAUGUGAUCUACCGAUUCAGGUCACAUUGGAGGAGGUGAAUUCUCAGGUAGCUCUGGAGUAUGGCCAGGCUAUGACUGUGCGUGUGUGUAAAGCUGAUGGAGAGGUCAUGCCGAUCGUGGUGGUGCAGUCUGCUACUGUGCUGGAUCUGAAGAAGGCCAUUCAACGCUACUUGGAGCUGAAGCAGCAGCGUGAGGGUGGCAUAAAACACAUCAGCUGGAGAUACGUGUGGCGAACGUUUCACUUGGUCUUUAACGGGGAAAGGUUAGAGGACGACAAAAAGAAGCUGAAAGACUAUGGAAUCAGAAACAGGGAUGAAGUGACCUUCAUGAAGAAACUGAGGAAGAAAUGAACAUACUUGGACCAAAAGUAAUUGGACAUUUGAUUCAAAAGCUGUUUCAUGGACGGGUAUGGGCUAUUCCUUUGUUAUUUUUCUCAUCAGUUAAUCAGCCUGGAGUUGAUUCCAAGUCUGGCAUUCGCAUUUGUAAGCUGUCGCUGUGAACCCACAGUAUGCAGUCAAAGGAGCUCUCAAUGCAAGGGAAAGAGGCCAUCAUUAGGCUGCAAAAAAAAAAAAAAACAUCAGAGAGAUAGCAGGAACAUUAGGAGUGGCCAAAUCAACAGUUUUUGGUACAUUCUGAGAAAAAAAGAACGCACUGAUGAGCUCUGAAAUGCAAAAGGGUCUGGAUGUCAAUGGAGGACAACAGUGAUGGAUGAUCGAAGAUCAUAAAGAAGAUGGUAAAGAAAAACCCCUUCACAACAUCCAGCAAAGUGAAGAACACUCUCCAGGAGGUAGGCAUUUCAUUAUCCAAGUCUACUAUAAAGAGAAGACUUCACGACAGCAAAUACAGAAUCUCAAGAAUAGAAAGGCCAAAAAACAUCUAAAAAAAAAAAACAACCAACCCAGCCCAGCUUUGGAAAAGCAUUCUUUAGACUGUUGAAAUGAAGAUCAACCUGUACCAGAAUGAUAGGAAGAAAAUAUUAUAGAGAAGGCUUGGAAUGGCUCAUGAUCCGAAGCAUACCACAUCAUCUGUAAAACACGGUGGGGGAAGUGUGAUGGCAUGGACAUACAUGGCUUCCAAUGGCACUGGGGUUUAUUGAUGAUGUGACAGAGGAUAGAAGCAGCUGAAUUCUGAAGUGUAUGGGAAUACAUUGUCUGCUCAGAUUCAGCUAAAUUCAGUGAAGUCAAUUGGACGGCGCUUCACUUUACAGAUGGACAAUGACCUAAAACAUACUGCAAAAGCAACCCAGGAGUUUUUUAAAGCAAAGAAGUGGAAUAUUCUGCAGUGGCCGUCAGUCACCUGAUCUCAACCCCAUCGAGCAUGACUUUCACUUGCUGAAGACAAAACGUAAGACAGAAAGACCCACGAACAUACAACAGCUGAAGACAACUGCAGUAAAGGCCUGACAAAGCAUCACAAAAGAGGAAACCCAGUGUUUGGUGAUGUCCAUGGGUUCCAGCCUUCAAGCAGUCAUUGCCUGCAACAGAUUCUCGACAAAGUAGUAAAAAUGAACAUUUCUUUUAUGAUUACGUUAAUCUGUCCAAUUAUAUUUGACUCCCUGAAAUAAGGGAACUGUGUAUAAAAAUGGUUGCAAUUCCUAAACGUUUCAUAUGAUGUAUUUUUGUUCAACCCCUUGAAUUAAAGCUGAAAGUCUGUAGUACAUCUCAGUUGUUUAAUUUCAAAUCCAUUGUGGUGGCGUACAGAGCCAAAAUUCUGAAAAUAGUGUCACUGUCCAAACUGCAGGCCUAACUCUCUCUGUCUGUGUGUGUGCAUGUGCAUAUAUAAUGUAUAAAAUGUCUGUUAUGCCCAAGUUGAGUGUUUUUUUUUGUUUUGUUUUGUUUUGUUUUGUUUUUUACAUUCAAUAUUCAAAAUGUGUAUCGUGAGAGGGACAGCAAGCUUUUGUGAUAUAAUUAGAAACCAUAAAAUUUGCCUAAAUACACAACAUAAUGGGGAAUUCACAGCCAUAUUAUCAUCCAUCGUUAUACACUAUAUUCUACAGGCUAAAGUGAAUUAUGAACACACUUUUUGUACUUUUUGUUCCAGUUACUCUUUCUUUGCACUUUUUGUUCAUUUUAGAUAGAUUUAUCCACAGCAUCCGCCUUCUAGACGACUCCGCUGAUCUAGGAAUAUGCACACUGACAUGUAACCACAUCUUUUAAAUAUGUGGACCUUGUUCCUGGUGCCACGACACAUUUCCCAGUCUAACGUUUCCUCAGUAAAGAGUCACAUUGGAGAGCUGCAUUUCUACUAUAACCGCCUUCAGGAGCUUUAUUUUAUAAGGAAGUACAUUUUCAAAUACUUUUCUAUUUUUUUGUACUGUUGAAUCCGAAUCAUUCCUUGGACCAUGGACCAAAUCUUUUUAAGGUGCCUUUGAAGCUUCUGAGGUCGAGUACUCAUUUCUAUUUGUACAUAAGUGUUUUUUUUGCCUAUUAAAACUCCAUCUUGUUUGUGUUUA